AUUCACGUAUUCGAGAGUUUGUUCACAUCGUAAAAUCGCGUAAGUCUUUAUCUCAUCCAAUUAAUUGAUUUUCGAUUUCAAGAAUUUAAGCCUUUCACAUUUCUACGGCGUCACAGUUAGGCUACGGAUAUUUGUGCAGAUCUGUAUUUUUGCGUGAACGCGACUAAGCAAAUGGAAUCUUUCGUUCAUUAAAUAUCGUAAUAAAUACACUGCAAUUUAAAUAUCUUUUUAUACUUUUUGUGUACUAUGUACAUCCUACGCGUUCUACGUUCAUACAUUUUUACACCUUCGAAAAUUCUCAUAAAUACAGAAACAUCCGCAGUCUGGUUCUGAAUAUUCAAGAUUUUCGUGUGCGAGUAUUUUGAUCGGUCUCUUAUAAAAAGAAGCUACAACGAAAAUUCAGAAUAAAGUUUCUAUCGAACACAAUUGCUCAAAGCUUCUAACAAUUCUAAUAUUUACUCCCCGUAUUCUUUUCUCUUUUUUCAUUUCCCUUUUACAGUCCCGUAAAUCAUUUUCUACGAGAAACGAUAGGAUGAAAAGAUUGAUUUACAUCGUCCUCUGUCUAACGACCGUAACAAAAAUUAUACCACCGAGUAACGGUAAACCAGUGGUGCCAAAACCUUUGAUCCUCUCAGGACUUAGCCUAAAUUGGCCAUGUCAAAGUACGAAGAACAUUUACGAGACAAGCGGUCGUUACAUCACAAGAAACGUGAUCGCAACGAGAGCACAAAUAUACGAAGACCAAGCGAUCCUAACUCUGCCACGCUAUAAACCAGGAGUACCAUUUACUUUGGGUGUUCUUUCCAUGAAAUCGCAAAGCUGUGAGCCAAAGAUAGCCCCAUUCCCCUGCUGGGCAAUUCAGGAAGAAGGAAAUUGCCAGGCACUGCAGAGUGCGGUAGAUAUAGUUUUGGAUGUACAAGAUAUCUUGUGGGUUCUCGAUGUUGGAGUCGUCAACACUUUGGAACAACCUGUACGUAGAUGUCCUCCGAAGGUCGUUGGAGUCAACGCCAAGAGCGGAAAGGUUGUAAAAGUGAUCGACUUGAGCUCGUUGGUAGACAACACCUCGCAGCUCCAAUACAUGGUCAUCGACUACGCAGAAGAUGGUCAAGUGUAUGUGUACAUUUCUGACGCUGGUACCGGUGCCAUCAUCGUUUAUAAUGCCACGACUGAUAACGGAUAUCGCGUGGUUCUUCCAUCAGCAGUAGCAUCCAACACAGACAAACCCGACGUCCUAUACAUGGCGCUCGUUAGAAGGAAAAGCUGCGGAUCGGUCGUCUAUUUUACAUAUCUAGGCUCCAGCAGAAUGUUCGCGGUCAAAGCAGUGAAUCUGAGAACAGGAAACGCGAAUGGAUCCAUAGUAGACAUCGGUAGAAAGAAGAACAAGAUCGUACUCCUGGGCACUGACAAUGGAUCUGCCAUCUUUUUCAGAAUUAAGGGUGAUUCCAAUAUCUACAUGUGGAACACCGACACUCCUUUCAUUCAAGACAACUUCCUCUUAGUCGAACAAGCUGGAGAGUGUCGACUACCAACGGGAGUUAUUCCUGGUUAUAAGGAUCUAAUGUGGGUGAUUGAGAGUAACUUCCAAGAUUACAUCGAGAAUUCCGUCAGCUGCUCCGGAGCAUCGGUGGCUAUCCAUCCACUAGUGAGUUCUGCCGGCGAAUAGUACUAAAAGCCGGAAGCAACGCGCUUGAAAGACCACGGUUGCGCGUUAUAUUAUUUUAACUAAUAUCGUUAGCGAUAGCGUUUGAGUUGUAGCGGAAUAUUAGACACUGUUAUAUCUUGACGUUGUUCAAAAAGUAUAAUCAAUUCGAUCGAAGCUUUGGAAGAGAAACGGAAUAGAAAAUUUGAGGAAAGACUA